CUCCUGCAUACCAUUUUGGUUGCGUGGAAACUUACACAAAGUAUUUAAGAAAAGGAACUCUAAUCCCGUUUGGUAGACGUGCCUUGAAGCCUCAAAUCUCCUUCCUAUCUUUUAUACUCCUCCAAAUUCUUAUGUCAUUGCCAAAGUCAAGGGUCAGCAAAGACAUUUCCCUCAAAACCAAGGAAGAAGCGGCCCUUAUAUUUGGUAGAGCAGUUGGCGAGUUGUGAAUAAUUGGCUCCCUCUUCUUUCAAGUCUUCCAUCACCACCUCCUCCUCCUCCUCCUAAAGACACUUCCAACUCCAUCCCUCCAACCUCCUCGCCUCUUCUGAGGUAACCAUUCAUUCAACACUCAACAAUUAAAAUCUCCCCAAAGCUAAACCAAGCAAGCACUUCCACAGCAGCAUAGCCAUUACUUUUACCUCUGAGAUAAUUAAGCGCUGUGAUCGAUCAGCCCUGCAUGGGUGGAGCUCGCAGGCUCCAUUAAUUGAUAGCUUCAGAAUGUCUCCCAAGGAAUCGAAAGCUUCAUGGAGGUGUCUUCUGACCAUGUGCUGUGGGGGGGACGAUGAAGGCCCAUCGGUCCGGCCGAAGAAGCUCGCAGCAAAGCAGAAGUCGCUCCAGAGGCUGUCGUACUCCGACCUCAGCAACUCCACCGGCAUGCUGUCUCCUGAGGACCUCUCGAUAUCUCUUGUUGGAUCCAAUCUCUAUGUCUUCACUCUCGCAGAGCUGAAGGUGGCUACGCAGAGCUUCUCCACGAGCAACUUCCUCGGAGAGGGUGGGUUCGGGCCCGUCUACAAAGGGUUCGUCGACGAGAAGGUGAAACCCGGGUUGAAGGCCCAGUCGGUCGCAGUGAAGCUCCUGGACUUGGAGGGGGUGCAAGGCCACAAGGAAUGGCUGGCCGAGGUCAUAUUUCUUGGGCAAUUGAGGCAUCCCCACCUUGUGAAACUGAUCGGUUACUGUUGCGAGGACAAGCACAGGCUCCUCGUCUAUGAAUUCAUGGCUCGGGGCAGCUUGGAGAACCAUCUCUUUAAAAGAUUUUUCGCUUCCUUACCAUGGUUAACACGACUGAAGAUUGCAGUCGGAGCCGCCAGAGGCCUCGCCUUUCUCCAUGAAAUGGAGAAGCCAGUGAUAUACCGAGACUUCAAAGCUUCAAACAUCUUAUUGGACUCGGACUAUAAAGCAAAGCUCUCAGAUUUUGGACUUGCGAAGGAUGGUCCAGAAGGAGAUGACACCCACGUUUCGACCCGAGUCAUGGGCACGGAGGGCUAUGCUGCGCCAGAAUACAUCAUGACAGGCCAUCUCACAGCCAAGAGCGAUGUCUAUAGCUUCGGAGUUGUGUUGCUUGAGCUACUGACAGGGAGGCGGUCUGUCGACAAGACUCGACCAAGCAGAGAGCAGAACCUUGUGGAAUGGGCAAGGCCAUGUCUAAAUGACGCGCGGAAGCUAAACCGCAUCAUGGACCCCAGCCUUGAGGGCCAGUACUCCACCAAGUGCGCCCAGAAGGCAGCUGCUGUGGCCUACCAGUGCUUGAGCCAUACCCCAAAAUCCAGGCCUCAGAUGUCAACCAUUGUUGAGAACUUGGAGCCUCUCUUGGAAAUGGAGGACAUACCAGUCGGCCCUUUCAUCUACACAGUAUCAGCGGAGAAUGGUAAAGAAGAGGACUCAGAGAAGACAGAAGUAAAAGAGAAUGGACACCACCACCAUGGCCACAGGCACAAGCUAAGGUCCCCCAGGUCUGGGAUUCACUCCAAGACUGUCUGAAGGGAUGGAGGCCAUGGGCUGUACAGAAACUCGCCAAGACACCUUCAAGAGAGUAGAGCAUAUAUUGUGAUAAAGGAACUGUGUUGUACAUAGAGAACAUAGAUCAUCUUGCCCAAUAUCUGUCAUUCUUUCUGAUAUUUUGAAAUGAGAUAUAGGGUUUGAUUGAAGUGUAAGAUUCUUCUAAAUAAAACAAUAGAAUUAGUAAAGCUCUUUAA